CCCUGGGCCGAUGGCCGGCUUCAUGUAAGUCCAUCAUCUUCUUAUCCCUUAUCCCCUUCUCAUUCUGUCGAUUCAACAGUGAUCUCUCUUUCUCCCUCAAUGGCAUCGAUGUCAGCUCAUCGGCUACCCUCCACAGCUCUCAACCGCGCCGAUUCGAACUCUACCCGCUAUUCCUCUCACUUCCCCAGCUUCAUUGCCGCGUCCCCUCGUUGCCUGCUUUCUCCUCUGAAGAGGCUGGAGUCAGGCAUCUGUCGUUGCCGCAAUUCUCAUUCAGGCUCGCCUCUGCCCGGCGAAGAUGGCGAUUGGAGGAGGUUGGACUUGCUUUUGCACGAAUUCAUGAGGAGCGCUGUGAAGAGGGUGGAAGAUUGCGUAAAUUCGUUUCGUAAACUGUCGGAUAUUGGCGUGUUGCAACUGGGUAAUGAUGGCGUGGCUGAGAAGGGUGAGGAAGCAGUGGCAGGGAAUGGAAUUAAAGAAUUGGGAUUGGAAACGGUGGAAGCGGCAUUUUGUGGAGAUGGAAGAGCAGGAGUGGAUUGUGUCAGUGUUGAAGAUGCAAUUGAAUGAUGCUGUUGCUAGAGAAGAUUAUGAGGCUGCCGCAAAGCUCAAGAUAGCACUUCAUGCUGCUAAAAAAAGUGAUAUUGUAGGCUCUGCAAUACUUGAAUACAAUAAGGCAAUUGGAGAGGAGAGGUACAAUGAUGCAACCUUUCUUCAAGAUAAUGCUGGCACUGGAUUGUUGGGAUGGUGGGCUGGCAUUUCAAAAGAUGGCGCUAAUAGCUUUGGUCGAAUUGCACAUAUAAGUGCAGAACAUGGAAGAUAUGUGGCUAGAAGCUAUAGCUCAAGGCAGCUUGCCAUGUCUAAACCUGGUUCUCCAUUAUUUGAAAUUUAUUUCACUUGUGAUGAUGAAGGCUAUAAGCAGCAGGCAGUCUAUUUGAAGCGAAAUACUGGGCAUAAUGCAAACGCAUCAAAAAAGUUUGCAAACAAAUCAGCUCGGACCUUAAAUGAAAAUAAUGGCUCUGCUGAAGUACCUACUGAUAUGUCUUCUAAAGAUGUGAAAACUGUUGAAGAGGUUGAUGAUGAUCCCGAUUGGAUUGAUGGGCUGGCAGGCAUCAAAAACAUCUUGCAGGAUGUUAUCCCUGGUGUCAAGGUCAAAGUCUUUAAAGUGGUAGCACCGGGGAAGGUGGAUGGAGAUCUGAUUUCUAAAGUUAUUGAACGGAUAGUAGAGGAAGAUGAAGGCAGUGAUGGAGAAAUACAAGACUCUGAGGAAGAAUAUAUUAAAUCAGAAAGCGAUAUGGAAGAAAUUAAGAUGGUUGGUGGAGAUCAAACUGAUGAUACAACUGAAGAGCAAAGUGAACUGUCUGUGAAAUUUGUGGUAGGUACUCUUUUGGAAAAUAUAGCUGCUGACGUGCCUCCUAAAGACCUUGUUCGUGUGCCAGCUGAGUUAAAGAUAAGGGACCAUCUAUCUUUUUCCUUUUCUGUCAAGCAAGAAGAUUUGCAACAUGAAUCUGAGGCAGGACAGGCUUCACACAACAGAACUGUUUCCCAUUCUUUACAAAAGAGUUCUGAGCAUAUUAGGUCUGAUCUCUCUAAGGCCUUCAUUGCUAAAGAGAAAACGCCUCUUAAGGUACUUGUUGAUAUUGGAGAAUUGAUUAGUCUGUCUAUAAAUCAUAAUCAAAAUCAAUCAUUGGUCGGGACAACACAUUUUAAUCGUAUUGAGAUACCGACAACUUCAGAUCCUCUUAUUGGGUUGUACAUUGGUGCUCAUGGCAUGUAUACCUCUGAGCUUCUCCAUUUGAAACGGACAUUUGGUCAGUGGCAUGAAGAUGAUGGUCCUAAGAAGCUCAAGAAUUUGGAGUUUUAUGAGUAUGUUGAAGCCUAUAAAUUGGCCGGAGCUCUUUCUAUACCUGCUGGACAGGUUGUUUUCCGGGCAAAGGUUGGCAAGAAAAAUCUACUUCCUCAUAAGGGGAUAAUUCCUGAAGAAUUUGGCGUGAUUGCUAGAUACAGGGCACAAGGAAGGCUUGCCGAUCCGGGGUUUCAAAAUCCUCGGUGGGUCGAUGGAGAGCUCGUUAUUCUUGACGGGAAGAACAUCAGAGGCCCUAUUAUUGGAUUGGUUUACUGGGCUCCUGAACAGCAUUUCUUGGUAUUCUUCAACCGAUUAAGGCUUCCAGACUAGAUCAUUUCUGGAAACCAAAGAGAAACAGCCUGCUCAUCUCAAGUUUGAAGCUGAAUUGAAAUUUGCUUCUUAAGUUCGAGAUGCGGAUUCGCAAUAACAACUCUUAAACUAGACUGUAUCUUCUCUAGAUCUUCCGGCGGUUUUUUCCCCUUCUAUGCAGUCAUUCUCGGAUCUUUUCAGGUAUAAAUGACUUCUUCUAUGCACAAUGUUUACUCGAUUGCUCAGAGAUACUCUUCCAAACAACUUAUGUCAUGAAAUGUAAAGUAAUCUUACUGUAUUUGAUCAUAAUAUUUAGAGAAAUUCUUUACUUUUUGCUUUAAAUAUUUACAUAUAUACCACUCAAUUCCUACAUAUGUACA